AUGAUGGCCUCUGUGGUUGCCAACGGAAACAGGAAGAAGUCACUGUCCCUGAAAGGGGUGGACCCAGAAACCUGCAUGAUCGUCUUCAGAAACCACUGGGCACAGGUGGUGAAGAUCUUGGAGAAACAUGAUCCUGUCCAUAGCCGGUCCGGUGUCUACCUUCGCCUCGGUCCUGUCCCCGGUGACGAGGCCAGCGCGGAGCCGGGCCAGGGCGGAGCGAUGGGAGCCAUCCUAGAGUUUGUGGUUGUAGAAGGCGUGAUGGAGAGACUGUUCCUCUGGAGUCUGAGACGACACUUCACUGAUGAUAUGAAACUGGAACAACUGAGGAUGUACCAGAUGUUACUGUCUCAGGCCAGACAGCCUCUCUUGCACCACAAACCUGUUCUACGACCCUUAAUGAUGCUGUUAUCUUCCUGUGCUGGAGCUGGGAGUGGAGGAAGAGGAGGAGGGUCAGUGGAAGCAGAGUUGGUGCUCCUGCUUAACCAGCUGUGUGGUGCGCUGGCUAAGGACCCCUCAGUGUUAGAGUUAUUCUUCCACACCAGUGAGGACCAGGGGGCAGCCAACUUCCUGCUCUUCUCCCUGCUGAUCCCCUUCACGCAUCAGGAAGGCAGCGUAGGACAGCAGGCCCGGGACGCUCUGCUGCUCAUCAUGCAGCUGUCGACCUACAACCCCAGAGUCGCUACACACAUCACAGACAACACGUACUUCUGUCCUGAACCCCACGGACCGGAUAAACCCACCUGCUCCAUCCAGCAGCAAAACACAGCGAAAGGCGAAGCCCUCACCAAUCCAGUACCGCAGGGUUAA